ACGUGACCACGCUAGUUCCCCACGUGUGGGCGCAGCGUGCUCUGUUCUUUGUGCUCGGGUGAGGAGGAGCCUGGCUGCGACCCGUGCAGGUCUGAUGCUAGGUUGCUGUUCUGCUCACGGGAGGAGCUUUGGUGGCCGUCUGACCGGCACGCCCAAGUCCGGAUCCUUAGCCACGCGGUUAAAAUACUGCUUCAGUGGGCGACAUUGUACAGGUGCCGAAGGGCGUCGGUUGCAGGGAUGCCGAAGCGUGGGAAAAAGGGAGCGGUGGCAGAAGACGGGGAAGAGCCCAAAACAGAACCCGAGGCCAAGAAGAGUAAGGCUGGAGCAAAGAAAAGCGAAAAAGAGGCAGCAGGAGAGGUCCCAGCCUUGUAUGAAGAUCCCCCAGAUCAGAAAACCUCAUCCAGUGGCAAAUCUGCCACACUGAAGAUCUGCUCCUGGAAUGUGGAUGGUCUUCGAGCCUGGAUUAAGAAGAAAGGUUUGGAUUGGGUAAAGGAAGAAGCCCCGGAUAUCCUGUGCCUCCAAGAGACAAAAUGUUCAGAGAACAAACUACCAGCUGAACUUCAAGAGUUGCCUGGAUUAUCCCAUCAGUACUGGUCGGCUCCUUCAGACAAAGAAGGAUACAGUGGUGUGGGCCUCCUUUCCCGCCAGUGCCCACUCAAAGUCUCCUAUGGCAUUGGUGAAGAGGAACAUGACCAGGAAGGUCGGGUGAUUGUGGCUGAAUUUGACAAAUUUGUGCUGGUAACAGCUUAUGUGCCUAAUGCAGGCCGGGGUCUGGUCCGACUAGAGUACCGGCAGCGCUGGGAUGAAGCCUUUCGCAAAUUUCUGAAAGGCUUGGCUUCUCGCAAGCCCCUUGUACUUUGUGGGGACCUCAACGUGGCUCAUGAAGAAAUCGAUCUUCGCAACCCCAAGGGAAACAAAAAGAAUGCUGGUUUUACUCCUCAAGAGCGCCAAGGCUUUGGUGAAUUGCUACAGGCUGUGCCACUGACCGACAGCUUUCGGCACCUCUACCCUGACACGCCCUAUGCUUACACCUUCUGGACUUACAUGAUGAACGCUCGAUCCAAGAACGUUGGUUGGCGCCUUGAUUACUUUUUGUUGUCUCAGUCUCUCUUACCUGCAUUGUGUGACAGCAAGAUCCGUUCCAAGGCCCUUGGCAGUGAUCACUGUCCCAUAACCCUCUACCUAGCACUGUGACAUUCCCCCGCCCCAGUCACUUUGAGCCUGGGAAAUAAGCCCUCCAAACUAGCAUUUCUUCCUCAAAAACGCUAGAGAAUUCUAAACUGUAUUUGUCUUCUAUAAAAAUAUAGUCUCCAACCAGGCUCCUGUGACAGACUUAGAUUUCUUUUAAAGCCCAAAGGUAUUUGUUUUGUGGGAUGUUUUCUUUUAAAAAAAAAAUUGAAAGCUACUGAUGACUUCCUUUGAACUAUCCAUGUGAAAAUAAAAAGCCAUAGUUUCAGCCUUGC